UGAAAUUUCUGUAUUAUGUAUUCGCGCUUCGAAAGUAUUCGUCAUUUGUUGAAAAAUCCUGUAAAUUUAGAAUUUGUAUAAUAAGAUGGAAAGUGAACGUGAGUCCACGGAAGAAAUGGAACUGUGUCCUGAGUACGCCAUAAACGAAUUGAAAUUUUGGAUUUCACAGCAAAAUUUUAUCCCGGAAUUAUCAGAUAAAGUUUUGAGAAGAUUCCUGCACAGUUGUUACUACAAUGUUAAAGAUACUAAGGAUACACUUACCUCAUAUUUUUCAAUUCGCGUCAAGACUUCUCAAGUUUUUCUCAACCGAACAGCUGAACAUAUGAAAGGAAUAACUGAUCUAGGGUACUACGUCAAAAUGCCUGAAGUAACUGUUGAAGGAUACGAAGUUAUAGUCACAGGAUUAUUUACUGAUGAUACUACUCAUUUCAAUUUCACCGAUUUCUUGAAACUUUACAUCACGGCCGUUGAAACAUGGACAUUCACAGCGCAGGAAAAUUCCGAGGGUAUAAUACUUGUUGCCGACGCUGCGAAUUUCACAUUUUCGCAUUUAAGAAAAAUGGAAUAUAAUGUUAUAAAGGCGGGUUUUCAGUAUUUUCAAGAUGCAUUACCAAUUCGCUUGAAAAAAAUUAUCAUCAUAAAUAUUUCAACUCCGGUGAACGUUUUAUUAAAUAUGAUGCAGUCAGUAAUUGCUAAACGAUUAGUUCAUCUGAUUGAAAGGCAUAGUUCUACUUCUACGAAAUACUAUGAGAUGGUUCCACAAAAAAUGUUUCCAAUGGAAUAUGGAGGCGAUGGCAGAAGUGUGAAAGAUCUAAAUGGCGAAACUGUUCAGUUAUUAAUUGACAAUAAAGAAUGGCUGGAAAAAGAAGAUGAAAUGUUACGCAAUCUCAUUGCAAAACAACCUCGACAAAAAAGUUUUUUUAGUUCUUUAUUUUAAAUUUGGGGAAUAGUUACGCGAUAACACGGUUUUUUCUCUUUUUUUCAGGUACCUAGCUAAUAAGUCAUCAUUGGUAUAUGUGACCGUCCGCGAUAAAACCGACCAUCCGUCGCAAAAAAUCGAAAAUGUUUUUUCGCCUAUUUUUGGGCCUUAAAUGGUUUAGGGAACAACAAUUCGUGAAAAAAAAAUUUCGAUUUUUUUGCGACGGAUGGUCGGUUUUAUCGCGGACGGUCACAUAUGGUGUCACAAUUUAACUUAUCUAGCAUACGAUAGGCUUAACCUUACAUUACGAGUAUAGUAAAUAAUUAUCGGUAAGUUAAUCGAAGGAAAUAUAUAUUUUUUAAUGAGAAAUGAAAUGAAAUUCGUUAAUUUCUUAAAAGUAGUUUAAAAACACCUGAUGUAAAAUAACAUUAUCUAAAAUACCUACCCGAUAAUCUAUUGAAAAGACAAAAACGUUGGCACACUCACAUUUACACAUAUUAUGCCUACCUAUGUAAAUGUAUUACAUUGAAACAAAAAUCAUCAAGUGGUACGAAAUGCAUGAAUAUUUACCUACCUAUUUAAUUAUACUAUACCUACAACAAUUCGUUAAGUAAAAAAACUACGUCAUAGAAUAUUUGUUAUACGUACAAUAACUAUAAUUUGUGUUUAUAAAAAUAAAUCAAGAUAUUUUUGAUACCUUC